AUGAAUUUGGUGUGGAUUUUGAUUUUUACUCAAGUUUUUAUAGUAUCUCGAUGUGUCAAUGGUCAAAAUGUGGAGGAUUGUAAGUUUGUUACGCGUUUGCUGUCACCCCUACUUCAAUUUACCUUUACCCCGUACUUCUGCCUCUAGCUCUAUUCUUACCGUCAAUUAACUUUAUACUAAUUAUCAUAUUUCUAACCUGGUCACCCUACUUUACUCUACGUUAGCUUAUUUUAUCCUGCCCUUCCUACCUUAGCCUCAUAUAAAAGAUUUUACUAAUUUUGCCACUUCCAGACCCAACUGUCCUAGUCGAACGUCGAGGCCUGAAACAAAUGAGGAAUAUUCAAUGGUUCCACCCAGGCCCUGGUCGUUUUAUCUCCAGUCCCAAUGGCUCCGAGUCGAUUUCUGACUUUGGUCAUAUGUACUUCAAGUACAGGAAUCAUAGAGACGAUCCUCAGAUGUUCAAGAGGGGGGUUUUCACUAUGAACAUCUUUAGGGUAGGUUUUUUGGAAAGAACUUUCUUUACAGCACUUAAAAUGGCAAGAACUUUGUUUACAGAGCUAACAAUGGCAAGAAGUUUAUUUACAAAACAAAAAAUGGCAAGAACUUUCUUUACAAAACAAAAAAUGGCAAGGACUUUCUUUACUUGCCUUUAAAUGACAAAAACUUUCUUUCCAAAAUGAAAAAUGGCAAGAACUUUCUUUACAAACUUCAGUCCGAUCACCAAGGCCGCUAUCAUAUCAGUCCAACCGGCUCGCCCUACGAAAUUCACUGGAGAUACGGUAGUCGAAAUCGCAAUUCGAAUCUCAAAAACUGGACAACUGAUUACGUAUUUGGUGGAUUCUACAGAACUCAGAAGGAACAGAAUGCUACGAAUUCCAGAUCGAAAGGCUAUUCUGAUGAUUUAACUGAUAAGCCUGAUAAUGGUGACCUAAAGGCAUUCAUGGGAGAAAUCAAACCUACCAACAAUAUCUUAUUGUGAGUUUUUGUUUCGGUUUUUCGUAGAGGAAAACGUACCUUUGUUGUCGUAUUUUACUGUAAAAGGUACAUGUUGCACCAUUUUGAAUUUUUAUGUUGGUACAUGUUUCAUCGUAUAACAUGACUUUCGCAGGCUGCGGAACCGUUAAAAGAGGAAUAAUUGGGUAAAUGAAAAUAAAGUAGUGUUUAAUAUACCCUUCUUUCUACGUUUUUCACAUUUUUUCUAUUUAUAUAAAAAAAUUUAUUAAAAUACUUUUCAUCGUAUAACAUGAGCUUCGCAGGCUGCGUAACUGUUAGAAAGCAAAAAUGGUCUAAAUGAAAAUAAAAAAGUGUUCAAUGCAACAUUGUUGAUCCAAUUCAUUCAUUUCAUUUUUAAUUUUUAAAAAUUUUUUUGUUUUUAAUAUCACGUUUUAUCGUAUAACAUGAUUUGCGCAGGCUGCAGAGCUAAAUUUUGCUUAAAAAGUGCCAAAAAUUAUUAGACUAUGAUGAAAAAUAAAUAAGUAUUGUAUUUUCAGCAUCUUCUUCAUCCUAGGAAUCAUAUGGCAUGUAUUAAUAUUGAUAACAACACCCAUAUUCAUCUACUUGACCAUGAAAGUAGCUCAUACUCCGAUCAAAAGCCGACAUUAUUUGAUCGAACGUGUCGCUGAGAUAAAGCCACAUGACAAUCAGAUUGAGGAACUGAUCGAAAUCAAAAAGAAUCGUGAUUUGGAUUUGAACAAGGUUGGCAUACCCUAUCCUGGCGAGGUCUACUUUGAGUACCUACAGUAUGUCAAACAGUUGAAGUAAGUAGGGUAUUAUGGGGCUUUUGGGACAGUUCUUGGAGUAAAUAUGACUUUUUUGUGGAUUUUAGAGUAAUAUUUGUGAUUACAUGCCCAAAAAGUUAAUUUUAAAACAGUUGAAACAGAAUGCCAAAAAAUGUCAAAUUUGGCGGGAUUUUUAAAAUUCAAAAUAAAAUAAUCAAAAACCUGUUUUCAGAGCAAAAAAUGGUACCCUUAGGCUUAGACAAGCUAACAUUUAAAACAAAAAUGACUUUUCACGUGUUGCAACAGAAUGCCAAGAAAAUUUAAAUUUGGCGGGAUUUUUAAAAUUCAAAUUUUUAAUUUACAUCACUGCUAAUUAACACUAUGCUUAUUUUUAGAGAGCCAAAAAAGCCCAAAAAUAAAGUUCAACGGCUGCCAGUACAAGAAAAACCACGUGAAAAGAUGUCAUUUGUCAAGGAGAUUUUGAACGAAGAAACAUUAAGCCUAAACAUGAGGCCUAGACAUCGGAACGGGCCGAAGAAAGAAAGGACCAAGCCAAAGAAGUCAAAGUCGAAAAGCAGCAAAAGCUCUGGUUCUACUGUGGGUUUACUGUAGUUUAUUUUGGGAAUAGUGGGUAGGGUGGGGCAAAACAAGGCAUAGCGGGAUAAUGUAAAGUUGGGUAAGGUGGGAUACAGUAGGGUAGCAUAGGGUAAAGUAGGGUACGGUAGGGUGGAUCAGGACAGGAAAAUGCACGGUAAGGUAGUGUUGAGUAGGGUAAGGUAGAUUAGGGUAGGGUAGGGUAUGUUAGGUAAAGUAGGGUAGGGUAAAUACAAUAGGCUGGGUAGGGUAUGAUAUAAUUUUUUUUUAUUUUAAAAUUUUUAGCAGUUCAAGAUCUACAAGCUCGAGCAAACUCAAUACGAUUCGAUCAUUGAUACCAUUAACAAUUCGAAAACAGGAUCUUCGGGUGGUAGUAGCAGUCUCAGAAAUAGAAAGAAGAAACAAGAUUGA